AUGGCUUCGGCGGGAGGCGGCGGCUGCGAGGGCGGCGGCGACGUGCCCGAGGCGGAGCGUCCCCAGCCGCGGCCGUUCCUGAUCGGGGUGAGCGGCGGCACGGCGAGCGGCAAGUCUACGGUGUGCGAGAAGAUCAUGGAGCUGCUGGGACAGAACGAAGUGGACCACCGGCAACGCAAGCUGGUCAUCCUGAGCCAGGACCGCUUCUAUAAGGUCCUGACCGCGGAGCAGAAGGCCAAGGCCUUGAAGGGACAGUACAAUUUCGACCACCCAGAUGCAUUUGAUAAUGAUUUGAUGCACAGGACUCUGAAAAACAUUGUGGAUGGCAAAACUGUUGAGGUCCCCACUUACGAUUUUGUGACCCACUCAAGGUUGCCAGAGACCACUGUGGUCUACCCAGCUGAUGUGGUCCUGUUUGAAGGCAUCUUGGUGUUCUACAGCCAGGAGAUCCGGGAUAUGUUCCACCUACGUCUCUUCGUGGAUACAGACUCGGAUGUCAGGCUGUCUCGAAGAGUUCUCCGGGAUGUGCACCGAGGGCGGGACCUGGAGCAGAUUCUGACCCAAUAUACCACCUUUGUCAAGCCAGCCUUCGAGGAGUUCUGCCUGCCGACCAAGAAGUAUGCUGACGUGAUUAUUCCUCGAGGUGUUGACAAUAUGGUUGCCAUCAACCUGAUUGUGCAGCACAUCCAAGACAUCCUCAACGGGGACCUGUGCAAGCGGCACCGAGGAGGACCCAACGGACGCAACUAUAAGAGGACCUUCCCCGAGCCUGGAGACCACGCGGGGAUGCUGGCUGCUGGCAAACGCUCACACCUGGAGUCUAGCAGCAGACCCCACUGAGGGCUGGCAUAUGCAGGUUCCCUGACACCCGUGCAUUCAGGGACUGAGCCUGGGGAUGCCUGCUGCCCCUAAAAGCACAGCCAGGGCUUCCUCUCAGGGCGGCAUUGGGACCAAGGCCUUCCUUACACGGGAGGGCAAACUCAUUCUAACAGAGUGAACAUUCCUGAGUCCCCACUUCCUUCUGUUUGAAGUGGCCGACAAAUCUCUUUGGUGUGUGGAGAAGCGCCCCAGACUGCAUGGUAAGCCUGGGCACACAUUCUAGGGAAACUGAGAGAACAGCCUGGGCACUGGCUGGCCUUACGAUAGUGAGCCUACAGUGAGGACAUUUCUGAGUCUACUGGGCUCACAGAUUGUAAAACUCAAGUUUUGACAUAUUAUACAUUCUGUUUCAUGCCUGGCUGGUGUGACCUAGAAACCCAGUUUCAUGACCUCCCUCAGGGCCAUAGUCCAGUCUGAGCCUCAGAGCAGUGCCUCCGCCCCAUGCCUGUGUCCCAGCAGAGGAGAGGCAGGAACCUUGGGUUAAGCAGCAUCAGCCUGUGACGCACUCCUGAGGGUCCAGGCCCCAGGAGCUUGUGUGGCCAGAUACAAGGUAGCAGUCAUUUGGUCUGUUGUGAAAACUGUCCACACAGUCUUGUAGGAACCCCUGGGCCCAAGGGGCUGUCCAUAGACAGACUGCCUCUAGCUAAGGGAAAAUGGGGAUAUAAAUGAUCACAUGAAUGUGGUAGCCUAAACCCAGCCAGAGCUCAUGGCUUCACAAAUGGUCCUUUCUGUGUUGCCCAAGUUUGUCUACCUUUCCAUGUGACAGCCCUUUCUGGAAGUGUCCUUUGCCAUCACCACAGGCUGUAGCACAGGUACUUCUCGUGGCUCCCUGUGCAGUAUGCCGUGGUCACCCCAGACAGCAGCUGAGCUGUGUGGCUCUGGGCAGGUGACUGUCAGCACCGUAAUGGUUUGUUGAGUUCAAGCCCCUUGGAGGGAGAAUCAAUAAAUAGCACCAAAAAAUGA